AGACGACAAUGACUACGGAGGACGUCUGCAACGCUGUGCGUCAACUUAGAAAAGAAUUAAUUGAUGACUGGUACCUUACAAGAGUUAAAUCUGAGUGCAAUGUCGAUGUAAAUGGUGACCAAGUUGUUCCAUUCAAUACAUUUGCUUUAAAAACUUCUAUUCCUCGAAUUCCCAGGUGUGAUAUUCUAAGAAAAAUAGAAAAUAUCAUAUUAAAAAUUUUGAAGUCACUUGAAAAGGGAAUUAUGCCUUCACUUGAAUACACUAAUCAUUCUUCAUGGGAUAAUAUCAAGUUCUCAGUGGAGUUUGGAUUAGAAACGAUUAUGGAACCGAAAACUUCAAAAAUAUCUUUUGGUUUGAAAAGAUCAAGAAAAAAAUUUGAUCUGUUAUUAAAGUUACUGGCAAUUAUAUACCAGCUUGUUCAAACUGAUGCUUACAGAACUAAAAGGGAUAUCUAUUAUCAGAAUGUUAACUGCUUUAAGACACAAUCUGUUCUUGACACUUUACUUAACAAUAUAUCCCACUUAUUGGAAGUGCCUCGUUGGGAUCUACAUGUUCUCUCAACAUCUAAAGGUUGCAUUGCUGGAGAUUUACAAUUCCAUGAUGCAAAUGGAAAUUUUAUAUGUUGCAAGAAUACAAAAUCUGGCAUCAUGCUGCCAUCAAAUGUUAUGGAAAUUAACAACAUAUAUACUCAUGCCCUAUUUAUUUUAGUAGUGGAAAAGGAUGCUACAUUUCAACAUCUGUUAAAUUAUGGAAUCAGUGACCAAUUUCCUUAUAUAAUUAUAACUGGUAAAGGAUUUCCAGAUAUUAAUACACGUUUGCUUUUGAAAACUUUAUGGAAUGAACUCCGCAUUCCUGUAUUUGGCUUAAUGGAUGCUGAUGCUCAUGGAAUUGAAAUUAUGUUUGUAUACAAGUUUGGAUCAAAGUGUUUAUCAUCUGAAGUGGAGUCUUUAGCUGUACCUACUCUUAAAUGGUUAGGACUUUUCCCAAGUGAUAUCAAAAGCUGGAAAUUCUCUUGGAGCAGAAACAAAAAGCAGAAUUACAAAGCUUAAAUGACUUCUCUUUUACAUUUCUACCAGAAGUAUACAUAUUACAGAAAAUAGCAAGUAAAGGUUGGUUAUAAAUAAUAGUAUGUGUUUCUUUCCCAUAGGAACUCCCAGCUAUUAAUUAUCAUACAAUGCCACUUUUGUUUAAAACAUACUGCUAAUAUACACUGAUUGAUAAAUAUUGGUUUCCAAGGUGGAGAGCUGGCAGAAUUGUUAGCAUGCCAGGCAAAAUGCUUUACAGCAUUUCAUCUUUAUGUUCUGAGUUCAAAUUCCACCGAGGUCAACUUUGCCUUUCAUCCUUUUGGGGGUCGAUAAAAUAAGUACCAGUUGAACACUGGGGUCGAUGUAAUCGACUUACCCACUUCCUCAAAAUUUGAAAUCUAAUAAAUAUUGGUUUCUUUCCAUCUUCAAUUCUUUAUAUGAUGUUUUUCAUGUAUUUACAUAACUUAUUAUUCAACAUUUUUCAAAAGUUACCAUAAGAAAACAUUGCUUUUUAAUGAACAGUUUCCUGUUUCUAAGCUAUGUUUGUUGAUGAUAAAAAUAUAGCUUAUAGAUGUCCAUUUUAGCAUAUAAUAAUUGUUUCUUAUUUAAAAACCUUUUUGUUAUGAUUCACAUCUAAUAAAAAUAACAAGUAUACAUUGAAA